CUCGGUACCAUGGCACAAAGCGUGUUCUCCUCGACGUUUCCCAGUAGCGCGCCGUUAGCAACCAGUGAGUCCCUUCGCCUUUUGGUGAGUGCGACGCGCUCGUUCCCCGCUCUUCGCUGACCGCCCCUUGUAGAAAAGCCAAAGAUGCAUACUUACAACACCAGACAUAACCCGCACUACGUUGUCCCAACGGAGGAGAUUCCGCAUGCUGAAGACAUCGCCGAGCCCAGCACGAACCAGGGGGGCGGCGUCCGGUGGCGCUGCUCGGAGGAACCUGAAGUGAAAGUGGAAGAGGACGACAGCGAGUACUCCCCCUCUGAAUACUCUGAGGAGUCCAGUUCCAGUUCCUCUGGCGACACCGAACUCAUCGACAACGACGGCGACAGCCGGAUGGGGGACGAUACCGAUGCCCGCUUCGUGACCCCGCAGCGGGAAAUCCCCUAUCGCCCGGGGUCCGUCGCGGAUACGCCUAGGCCGGGGCGUAUCCUCCGGCACGAGCCACGCGCCGAAGGUGGAUUCAACUUUUGGCACGAGCGAGACGGCGCCGUGAUGCGCCUAUCCUUCGGCCGGGACGGGCUGCUUGGGGGCGCCACGGCUGGCGCUGAAGGGCAGCAACUCCCGCUCGACCACCCUCAAGUCCUCGAGGCCUGCGAAGACGUCCGGCGGAGCGUUUCGCCUGCCGUGAGCGUCGCCAGCGACGCGACCGUCAUAGUCGACCCGCGCGCGACGCCCCAGCCGACGCUUUCCAACGGUGCGAUGCCCCUCGUCCGCCAUCCCACCUGGCCAGAGGGGUUUGACCCCAACGCGCCCGGCCCAUCCAGAGCGCGGGCGGGCGGCCUGUCCACGAUCCGAGAGGGCAGCGAGGAGGUCCAAUGGCCGCCGCGGAUCCCCAAUCAGAACCCGGGCAUGCGGAUUCGGCGCAACGACGAAGGGCGAUGGGUUAGGGAG